GUUUCACUGACCUCCGCAUUGUCAACUCUGACAGGGUUGAAAGGAAUGACUCAUAUCAGUACUAAUAGUCGUUGCACUUGGAACAUCGGUCUAUGGUGAGCGACGUUGAGGUGGACUGGUUCUCAGUGGCUGAAUGAGAAACGUGUUGCACAAUAAUACAUGCACGAUAAUUCGUCAGCAGUGAUCGCAGCCGGCGUGAUCGCUCGACGACGACAUGGCGACUGUCAAAGUAACAGAGCAGAAGGUUAUCCUGUGUGGCGAGUACGGCGUCGGCAAGACGUCUAUAUUUCGGCGCUUCGCCAAUAACACGUUCGUCGCCAGUAAUGAUCGUAAGUCAACACUGGGUCUUGACAACAUCGAUAAGGAAUAUGUUGUUGAGGACAGACGAAUACGUUUACAAUUAUGGGAUACUGGCGGUAUGGAAAGAGUGGCAUCGGUUACUUCAAGUUAUUACAAGUUUGCAGAAGCUGCCAUUCUCGUAUUCGCCCUGGAUAACUCAACAUCGUUUCAUUUAUUAUCCCAACAUUUGCUGGACAUAGUUACGUAUGCAGAAAAUGCAAAGAUAUUCCUUUGUGGGAACAAAAGUGACUUGGAGAGCGUUGCGCCACAAGUUACGGAUGCAGAGAUGGAGCAAUUUUGCGAACAAUGUCACAAUCUGAUUUCGGGAAUAUAUAAAACAUCAUGUAAAACUGGCGAAGGAGUAAACGAGAUGUUUGAGGAUAUAGCGCAACAUCUAGUUGAAGCUAAUCGAUCGCGAAUGGAGCUCCACGAGAUGGACAAGGAUCGAUUUAAGAUCUCGUACAUCGAUGAAGCAGCUGAUCCAUCGUGUUUAUGUUAAUUGACUGAUAUUUAUAAUACAUGACACAAUCUUGGAAAACUCUUAAGAUUAUAACGCAAUGCAAGAGAAAGGAGCAAACUUUUUGUAUCAAGCACUUACUCGCAAGUGACUUUACUAUGAGGAAAAAAUCACGAAGAAAGAUGGGAGGAAUCCACCAGUGUGAUAUACAAACAUAUUUAAAUAGGAUUAGAUCAAGUUUAAAAUAACGUGAUGGUAACAAUUUUUUCAAAUAAAAAUUUAUUACACCUCGUCAAUCAUUAAUUAACUAGAUUUGAUCUGUUGUGAUUUAAGAUCGGUAUCAUUAAACAUUAUGAUUAAUAUACGUACUACACAGCUAGGUUUGUAAAGCGCGAGGCACUAAUGUUGAGUCCACUUAAUAGUUUUCAAAUCGAUACCAUCUUCCACCAUCUCCCACAAUGGGCUGCAAAAUAACAAGCAAGCAAAGAUUAGAGUUUCGGUGCUUCUCUUAACACUCGCGUAACAUUGUCGCAGCUAGUAGAUAUGCGUAGAGACAAAAAAUGGAAAUGAUCUCAUCUUUCAUGAUCGUACGAAACGUCCAACGAUAAAAUUGUUCCCUCCGUGAAACGAGAUUACAAAUUGACGCCAAAGUAACGCAUAUGUAAGUCUAAAGUGGAUCUUUAGACUACGUCUCGCAUUUGAAAUAAACGUUUUUAUGAUAA